AUGAAAGGAUGUCAAGAAGAAUUGCUUCGCCCUGCCCCACUGUUGGUGGAAACCGGAGACGAAACCAACUGGAUAAGGAAGAAGGUAAACAAAAGCGAGGACAAAUAUCAGGUAACUGAAUCCUAUGCAAGAGAAAUUCCACCGACGUCGCCAGCUGUGAAAUGAAGGAUUAACAAGGGAUAUCUUUAUCACGAUCACGACGAAAAGAGAAUUUCCCGAAGUGGAGUGAGCAGGAGGUUGGAAAACUGCACAUUGGAACCAAACAUGCAAUCGUCAAUGAAGAAUCCAUGA